ACAUGUAUAAAUUAAAAAUUUUAUUUUUUAAUUCAUGAAAUCAAAUGAAAUUAACUUUAAUUCUUCAUCUCCAUUCGAGCUCCUCAUCCUCCUCCUCCUCAUCAUCCUUGGCUUCCUCUUCAUCACCCGCCUUCCUCUUCAUCAUCCCUCUUCAUCUUGGGUUCCCCGAGGAACCCAGCAUUGGAGGAACCCAGCAUUGGAGGAACCCAGCACUGGGUUCCUCGAGGUACCCAGUUGCUGGGUUCCCCGCGAGGAACCCAGAUUUGGGUUCCGCAGGGAACCCAGUUGCUGGGUUCCGCAGAGGUACCCAGUUCCUAGGUUCCCCACGAGGAACCCAAAACUGCGUUCCACGAGGAACCCAGUUUUCUUUUUAUAAUAAUUGUUGUGGGAUAUGUCUUGUUUGAUUUCAUGAUUCAUUGUUAUUGUUGUUAAAUCCAUGGAUUGGAAGUGUAAAACUCUUGCUUUUAAUCUAAAUAUUCUUCAUGAUGCUAGUGAGAAUCAGAUUGUUUCGUGGAAGAGGUUGAAUUUCUGUUUUUCUAUUGAGUUUGAAUGUUUGAAUGUCUAUUUCUGUUUUUCUAGAUUUGGAUUUCAAUUGGAUUUCAUGUUUGAAUGUUUUUAGCGUAGAAAUCCAAAUCUAAGGAGCACACUGAAUGAAUUCU